AUGAAGGUUCUCGCUACUCUUCUCGCCUCAGUCGGCUUGGUAGCCGCCCACGGCUAUGUUGACAAUGCCACCAUUGGCGGCCAAUACUACCAAUUCUAUCAGCCUUAUAUGGACCCCUACAUGGGCAACAACAAGCCCCAGAGAGUCUCUCGCUCCAUCCCCGGUAACGGUCCCGUCGAGAAUGUCGACUCCAUCGAUGUCCAGUGCAAUGCUGGCUCUGUUCCCGCUCCUCUCCACGCCCCUGCCGCUGCUGGUUCAACUGUGACCCUUCACUGGACUCUCUGGCCUGACUCCCACAUGGGCCCCGUCAUUACCUACAUGGCUCGUUGCCCCGAUAGCGGUUGCCAGAACUGGUCUCCUGGUACCUCGGCCGUCUGGUUCAAAAUCAAGCAAGGUGGCCGUGAGGGCACCUCCAACAACUGGGCUGCCACCCCUCUCAUGAAGAGCCCCGCCACUUACCAGUACACCAUUCCCUCUUGCAUUCGUCCCGGCUACUACCUUGUCCGCCACGAGAUCAUUGCCCUCCAUGCUGCUUGGGCCUACCCUGGUGCUCAGUUCUACCCCGGUUGCCAUCAGCUACAGGUUACUGGUGGCGGUUCUACCAACCCCACCAACUUGGUCUCCUUCCCCGGCGCCUACAAGAGCACCGACCCCGGUGUUACCUAUGAUGCUUACAAGGCUCAAGCCUAUACCAUUCCCGGACCUGCCGUCUUCACCUGCUAACUGGCGUGUUAGUGACAGCGUUGGACGAUGAUAUGGGGUUAUAGACUGUUGGUUUCAAUUGAAUGCCGACUCAAGGCAUGAUGGUGACUGUGGAUGGGCUUGAUGAUGUUCACUUCUUGGUACAUAUAUUUUAGCAUUGAUCUCUUCCUCUCUUCCAACUCAUGGUAUAGGAGAGAAGAUGGAGAUCUACCCCUUUUAACAUUGCUAUUCUUAGUAAAACUUUCACAAACAAGAUGAAAUUGAGUCUGCGACGAUCAUUCGAAUGGACCUGAAAUUCGGAACCCUAUUAUGA